AUAUUGUUUAUUCCUCUUCUGACCAACUUCUUUUGCCGUUAAGGUUUCGUCGCGUUUCAACGUUACUCGUUAGCGCUGCGCUGCACUGUUUUGCGGUGUGUGAGCACUUCUACACCCACUACAGCUAUAGUGCGACCUUCCCGAGGUGACGUAGUUCCUCCAUGACUUAGGUAAUGCCUUUUGGCUACGAAAACAAGAGGAGCACGAGUUCCGUGGAGCCGCCGUGUAAAUUACAGUUUUUGUUAGUUAUUUAAACAUUGCGAGUGUGUUGAAACUGCAUAGGCCUUAUGUGUGGUUCACAGCACCGUCUGCGCUUAGUAGAGCUAGUUUAAGACACUUAAUCUGUGGAGACGAAGCGUUAGCACGUUAGCUCGCUCAUUCAUUUGGAGCGACGAAGCUAACAAAGGAACAGAGGGACCUAACUGAGCGGCCGCCGAGCUGUUUAUCUGCGCUACCGAACACGCUUCUUUAAAAUUCAGCGCAAAACAGCAACUGCGCUGUGCAUUUUUUCGUUAAACAAGCCUAACGGGUUUUUUUCACUAGUUUACUUUUUGUGUUUGUCGUAAAGAGCGCUGUUAGCCCAGUUAGCUAACGUUUAGCGUGGCGUGUUCGACAGCUCCGCCCUCAGUGUAGAGAGUAGAGCGCCGUCUGUUUCGCUACCAGAGCCGAGAUGGCUGAGAUGUACAUUCGUGUGGCCGAGGAGGAGAACGAGGAGCCGAUGGAGAUUCCUUCGGAGGACGACGGGACGGUGCUGCUGUCGACGGUAGCCGCUCAGUUCCCGGGUGCGUGCGGCCUGCGCUACCGGAGCCCCAUAUCUCAGUGCAUGCGGGGGGUGCGCUUGGUGGAGGGGGUUCUACACCCUCCUGAAAACGGCUGGGGAAACCUCGUCUACGUCGUAAAUUACCCGAAAGAGCCAGCUCUCCCAGACAAUAAGAGGAAGAUGGAUGAAAUUGAUGCAUCAUCUGCCAAGAUCAAGAGAGGGGACCAGAAAACCUCAGAUCUCAUUGUGUUGGGUUUGCCCUGGAAAACUACAGAACAAGAUUUAAAGGACUAUUUUGGUGCCUUUGGUGAAGUCAUCAUGGCACAGGUAAAGCGGGAUGUGAAGACUGGAAAUUCAAAAGGCUUUGGAUUUGUGAGAUUUGCUGACUGGGAAACUCAGAAUAAAGUGAUUAACCAGCGACACAUGAUUGAUGGGAGGUGGUGUGACUGCAAACUGCCCAACUCAAAGCAGGGUCCUGAUGAGCCCAUGAGGAGCAGGAAGGUGUUUGUAGGGCGCUGCACUGAAGACAUGACCACCGAUGACCUGCGGCAGUUCUUUAUGCAGUAUGGCGAAGUCACAGACGUCUUCAUUCCCAAGCCUUUCCGAGCUUUUGCUUUCGUUACUUUUGCUGAUGACCAGGUUGCCUCUUCCCUGUGUGGAGAGGACCUAAUCAUCAAAGGAGUGAGCGUACACAUCUCCAAUGCUGAGCCUAAACACAGCAACAGUAGGCAGAUGAUGGAUCGGGUGGGCCGCUUUGGGAACGGGUUUGGGGGUCAGGGCUUUGGUGGCGGCAGCAGCAGCCGCAGCAGCUCCAGUAGCCUGGGCAACUUUGGCAACUUCAACCUCAACCCAGCCAUGAUGGCUGCUGCCCAGGCUGCUCUGCAGAGCAGCUGGGGCAUGAUGGGCAUGUUAGCUCAGCAGGGUCAGUCCGCCACAUCUGGCUCGAGCACGAGCGCAAGCUCCUCUCGAGACCAGCCGCAAUAUAGUUCAGGAAACAGUAACUACAACAGCAGUUCUGCUGCCCUUGGGUGGGGUACUGGUUCUAAUUCUGGUACCGGUGGAAGUGGGUUUAAUUCAAGCUUCGGCUCUAGUAUGGAGUCAAAGUCUUCGGGAUGGGGUAUGUAAGUUAUGAGUUUUUUGUUUUGUUUUGUUUUUGAAGUGUUGGUAUUUCUAGUGUGUGUUUGGUAAGUAUUUUUUGAAAGACUUAACUCGUCAUGUGUGUUUGGGAGUGGGAACAGGAGGGGAAGGGAAGAUUGGGAAGAGAACAGAAUGUUUUGUACAUUUGAACAAGAGAUUAAAUUUAGUGUCUGAAGUGAGCUGUGUUAACCAGAGUGUUACACAAAGAUGCAUCAUUCUUGGUGUCAGUUUAUUUUCUUUAUGUUGUUUGGGAGUAGGAAGAAAUAUUUCAACUGGAUUCUUAAAAUGCAUGCAGUCCAAUCUGUGGUCACUGAAAAUGCAUGUGAUGAAAGACUACCAAAUUUGCACCUUUUUAAAUUGCAUUUUUAAAAGCUUGCAUUGGGAAGAAUCUGGUUGAAACCUGCAGUCUUUUUAAGAGUUCAGCUUUAUUUACAGACCUGUUUGGUGAAGAUGCAUUUAUAAAGCCUUCAUCGAAAUCUCUUCUGCAGUUGCCAUCUCUGGGUUUUGCCUGGGAAGAAGGCCCUCUGUGGCAGCACUGUGUGGCUGAGAUCAUAAACCCACCUUCUUCCCCCAUGUCUUAAAGCUCUCAUCGCACGGCUCGCUGACACGGGGCCUGGGAAAUGGCUGGCUGCGGGUUGCGUCUGAACCCCAGGUGGAAAGUCCGUUUGGGGACGGAGGAAGAUGGAGGAGUGUCUGGUUGCCCAUUACAGCAUUAGCAGCUCUGGUAACAGAAAUGGACACUGUAGAAUGUAGCUGAUCUGCAGGCACUUGUUGGGCUUUUUUGGAGCCAGAUCAAGCUAGUUUGGACACAAUCCUUUUAAUGCAGGGCUUUUUAGGCUUUAUCUGGCUCCAAAAAGAAGAACCUACACAUUGUUACCACAUGUUAUGGCCAGACACUGAUCUGAUUUUAUACACUGAAAUGCAAUAAUUCUAUUGUGAUUGGUGUCUCCAUUUUCAUUUUUUGGUCAAAACAGUCUAGACAUUGUGGUAUCUGUGAAUAUGAAAGCAUGCAGGUCUUAAUUGUAAGUAUACCAAAUGUCUUGGCAUUCAGCUAUUUUAUAACAAGAAUCAGUGUUUUAUACAGUCACAAUUUCUUACAUUCACAGACAGUGAAAACAUGUUUUGCACAUUCUGUAUUACAAUAAAAAACAACCUGGA